CUUCGCCCGCUGGUCCGUCGGCGGCUCCGUGCUCGUAGGGAGCUUGCUGGGGCCGGUGGGCGCCAUCGGCGGUGCCCUGGCCGGCGCCGUCGUCGGGUCCAGGGCCGGGGCCGCGGCCAGCGACGCGGCCUGCGACGCCGUGGAGUCCUGCGCCGACGACGUCUGCGACAGGUGCAAGGCGGAGAGCGCCAGGCGCUCCACCCAGAAGGCCAACUGGGGCGGCGGACGCCUCGGCUCCGCAGACGACGCGGCCACGCCGCUGGGCGGUUCGGCCUCGCGGGCGGGCGCGCCCCCCGCGCAGGGCCCGGGCGACGAGCCCUCGGCGGCCAGCAAGGUUGGGGAGGCCGCGGCGGCCGCCGGCGAGACCCUGGGCCGCGCCGCGAGCGCCACGGGGGAGACCCUGAGCAGGGGCUGGUCCUCGCUGUCCGCGUCCGUGUCGCGGACCUUCGGCGGAGCGGAGGAGCCCGCCGCCCCGCGGGCCGGCAGGAGCCGCCUCCGCGCCCCC